GUAACAGAAACCACCCGAGCCGCGGCAGCGGGAGCCGCCUGAGGAGCAGCCACUUGCAAGGGGAUCUCGCGCACAUGCCAAGGCAUUUGCAGCCCCCCUCCGGAGCAGCAGCAGAGUCGGUGUGCAGUGCGGAGCACAGCGCCCAGAACGCUUCCUUGCAGCCCGGCUUGGCUUGGAGCUAGCGGCGAGAGUCCGGGCGCUUCGUUGAGUUGUAGUAGAAGUUACCUCAAACAAGAGAUGAAACAGUUGCAUCCUUUGCAUCCACUGGAUUUCCAAGCAUAUUUAACAGGAAUAUGGCCACAGCUCAGUGAGGCAAUGGGACACGUAGAUGCGACCAGCCAUCCCCCGGAGAAGCAGGUCGCCAUUGCUGUCUGGAAGCUCCCCACGCCAGUUACUGAUCCAUCAGGAACCAGUUCAGCAUGGGAAAGUCAACUGUCGGGACCCUUUGUAAUGCAGGUGGUGAGGGCCAUCAACACAGUCCUGCUGUGCAGGGUCAUCUGCCUGGGAGAGACUUGGACUCCGUCGUAGCCGGCUUUGCUGCCAUGGGCUUCCCCAUCUGUGAAGGGGCUAUUGACAGCACCCACAUCCCCAUCUGGGCCCCCGACCACUGGGCAACGCAGUACAUCAACUGGAAGGGAUACUUUUCUAUGGUCCUGCAGGCCUUGGUCAACCACCACGGCCAGUUUACAGACAUCCUCAUUGGCUGGGCGGGGGAAGCGCACGACACCUGCAUCUUCUGCAACUCCAGCCUCUACCAGAAGCUGGAGGCUGGCACUUUCUUCCCUGAGCGCAGCAUCAGGGUCGGGUAUGUGAACAUGCCACUGUGCAUCAUGGGGGACACCGCCUACCCUCUCAUGCUGUGGACCGCUUUGAUGGCCGCCUAGUCAGGGCCUGUAUGCAGGCGGAGUGCGCCUUCGGACGUCUCAAGGUGAGGUUCAAGUGCCUCCUGACCCUCCUGGAUGUGGGGGAGCAGAACAUCCCCCAGGUGUGUCUGUAUGCUGUGUGCUCCACAAAAUAGUGGAGAGCAAGGGGGAAGCAUUCCUUCCGGGGUGGGAGGCAGAGGCUUGCUGAGAGGGCAGUGUCUUCAAGCAGCCGUGCACAGGUACUAUCCACCUGGCCCAUCAGGCAGGGGUGCACAUCCAGGAAGCCCUUAGGGAGUUUCUCUCAAGGACCCCAGUGACACUCUCCCCAGGGCUUCCCCACUAGGGGGCCUGUGC